AUACUAUAAUAAACGCAUAUCAUGCAAUCACUUUUUCUUUUUGCCUCAUAAUCCUUUGAGAAAUUAAGUCUAUUUUCUUCCUUCGAUUUUACAUAUACGAAAAAUCAAAAUAAUUUACUAAUUGAAGAACUGCUUGACGCAGAAUUACAGCUUCAGUACUUCACACUUCUCCAACAAACACCCGAGAGACAAGAUGCCUCAAGCAGUUUCGUUGCCCACAUGGGCCUCCCUAGAGGACCACUACAAGACCGUUGGCAAGACCUUCGUCUUGAAGGAAGCUUUUGCUUCCGACCCAUCCCGCUUCGACAAGUUCAGCAAAACAUUCCAUAACGAUGCCUCUGGUACCGAUAUCCUAUUCGAUUUCAGCAAAAACCUUGUCACCGAAGAGACCAUCAACCUAUUAGUUAAGCUCGCAGAAGAGGCCGGCCUCGAGAAGAAGCGAGAUGCUAUGUUCGCGGGAGAGAAGAUCAACUUCACCGAACAACGAGCAGUCUACCACACCGCGUUGCGCAACGUGGGCGGCUGGGAGAUGAAGGUUGAGGGUCAGGACGUCAUGAACAACAAGGGUGGCGUUAACGAGGUUCUACAACACAUGAAGGAGUUCUCCGAACAAGUAAGAAGCGGAGAGUGGAAGGGAUUUACGGGGAAGAAGCUAACCACCAUUGUCAACAUUGGUAUUGGUGGUUCCGACUUGGGACCUGUGAUGGUUACCGAAGCCCUAAAACACUACGGUGCUAAGGACAUGACUCUACACUUUGUCUCCAACAUCGACGGCACUCACAUGGCUGAAGCCCUCGCUAACUCCGACCCUGAGACAACUCUCUUCCUCGUUGCCUCUAAAACCUUCACCACCGCCGAGACUACCACAAACGCAAACACCGCGAAGUCAUGGUUCCUCGAGAAGACCGGUGGCAAGGGAGAAAUCGCCAAGCAUUUCGUUGCCCUAUCUACCAACGAGUCCGAGGUCACUAAGUUUGGUAUUGACAGCAAGAACAUGUUUGGCUUUGAGAGCUGGGUUGGUGGCCGAUACUCCGUUUGGAGUGCUAUUGGCCUCAGUGUUGCUCUGUACAUCGGUUACGAUAACUUCCACAAGUUCUUAGCUGGUGCGCAUGCUAUGGAUAAGCACUUCCGUGAAACACCUUUAAAGGACAACAUCCCCGUUCUUGGUGGUCUCUUGAGUGUUUGGUACAGCGACUUUUUCGCCGCGCAAACACACUUGGUUGCACCCUUCGACCAAUACUUACACCGAUUCCCCGCCUACUUACAACAACUUUCCAUGGAAUCCAACGGCAAGACUAUCACCUCCGAUGGUUCUGCUGCAAAAUACACUACUGGCCCUAUCCUAUUCGGUGAACCCUGCACCAACGCCCAGCACUCAUUCUUCCAGCUUGUCCACCAAGGUACAAAGCUAAUUCCCACUGACUUCAUUCUCGCCGCCAAGUCUCACAACCCCAUCUCCAACAACCUACACCAAAAGAUGCUGGCAUCAAACUAUUUCGCCCAGGCUGAAGCUCUCAUGAUCGGUAAGACGCCAGACCAAGUUAAGAGCGAGGGUACACCGGACGAGCUAGUCCCCCACAAGGUCUUCCUCGGUAACCGACCGACCACCAGCGUCCUCGUUAGUGACGUUAUCGGACCUGCCGAACUAGGUGCCUUAAUCGUCUACUACGAGCACCUAACUUUCACCGAGGGCGCGAUUUGGGACAUCAACUCAUUCGACCAAUGGGGCGUCGAAUUAGGUAAGGUGCUCGCCAAGAAGAUUCUCAAGGAAUUGGACGAACCCGGUAAUGGUGAGGGCCACGAUGCUAGCACGGGCAGCCUCAUCGGCGCUUUCAAGAAGUUUGCGAGCAAGUGAAGGUCAGAAACGACUCGGAAGCCUGGGAAAUAUUCAAGGCUCUAGGUCGUUACUAGGUUAAUACGGUAAACGCAUAUCGGGCUUACGUAAUAUGCAAAGACGGGUCCAAGACUGCACUCUCGAUACGUGAAAGAUUAGGACAAGUAAUAGAUACAAGUGGAUGUCGAUUAUGUUCAUUGUGGCAGUGGCGCUUUUACCAGGCGAGG